UUAAUAGUGAUAUUAGAACUAUACCUGCUUAAUAAAAAAAAUCCUAUUAACGAUAGCUCCAUAGGCUGUAUUAUAUAAUUGCUUUAUAAAAGAAGAAAAAAGAGGGAGCUAAAUUAACUUGUACCACGCCAAUGUGUAUAUAAGCAUUUUCAUUAGAGCAUCGGCCAUACGUCUUUUCGGUCAUUUUUUAAACUGUUUAAAAAUGGAUUUCGAUAAAAUCUUAAUAGACUUUGGUGAAUAUGGCUUGUACCAAAAACGGUUAAUCUGGUUAGUCGUUUUACCAUGUGUUUUGCCAUGUGGAUUUCAUGCUUAUAAUCAACUAUUCAUGGCUUCCAUUCCCGAACAUUGGUGUAAAGAUGAAGAACAUAUUAAUCAUACAUCUAAAAUUAAUCAGUGUUUGGAUUCAAUGAAUAACACGUGCAAAUUCUGGGAUUAUGACCACAGUCGAUAUUUAUCUACAAUUGUGACUGAAUGGGAUUUAGUAUGUUCAAAACAGUUUUAUCCAACUUUUGCCUUAACAAUAUUUGGUCUUAGUGGUUUAUUUGGUAUGUUGCUAUUUGGAUUUAUUCAAGAUGGGCUUGGGAGACGACCAGCGUUUUUCAUUUAUCUAUUUAUCGAGUGUAUAUUUGGUAUAGCUACUGCAUUUGCCAAUGAUUUUUGGACGUGGUUAAUCUUCAGAAUCGGAGUAGGAUUUACUGUACCAGCAAUUUUAGCAACUCCUAAUGUGCUCCCUAUAGAAUUUGUUGGCCCAGCUCAUCGGACUACAUGUAUUCUACUUACCAACAUUGCUCAUUCCAUCGGUAUGGUUAUUCUAUCAUUAGUCUUGUAUGCUUUUCGCGAUUGGCGUCAACUUGCUUUGGCUACAUCUUUACCAUUUACUGUUUAUUUUCUUUACUGGUGGAGUUUUCCUGAAUCCCCAAGAUGGCUUUUGGCAUGCGGAAAGUUUGAAAAAGCCAAAUCAAUUUUAUUAAAAAUGGCUAAAGUAAAUGGAAAAGAUAUUUCUUUGCAUUAUAUGGACCAAUUAAAGAUUAAGUAUGAAGAGGAAUUUAAUAAUCAAAAAAGUAAAACAAUCAAGAAAUAUAAUGUAUUUCAUCUAUUCAGGACACCGAAUUUACGUUUGAAAACAAUUGCAAUAACUUUUAUAUGGUUUGUUAACACUACUGUUUAUGUUGGACUUUCUUAUUAUGCACCAGCUCUAAGUUCUGAUGAACAUUUAAACUUUUUUUUGGCCGGAGCUGUUGAAUUGCCCACAUACAUAGUACUAUGGCCUGCGAUGGAAAAAUUUGGCAGAAAAAGUUUACUGCAUAUUAGUAUGUUGAUUGGAGGGUGUGCUUGUUUAGCUGCUACGUUUCCCAUUCUAGAUGAUCAGUGGACCUUAAUAAUGUUUUGUAUUGGAAAAAUGGGAAUUUCGUCGUCUUAUGUUAUUCUUUCUUUAUUUGCUCCAGAACUAUAUCCAACUGUUGUUAGAGGUUUGGGAAUAAGCGUUAGUUCAGUAGCUGGUAUGAUCGGACCUGUUGGACUUCCUGUCAUUAACUAUGUGGGAAUGGGCUCUCAAUUAUCACUCAUUGUAAUGGGCGUCUUGCAAAUAAUUGGUGCUUUUGUUACACUUAUUUUACCAGAAACGAAAAAUUGUCAUUUGCCACAAACAUUGGAUGACGGAGAAGAGUACAAGUGAUAAGUAAAUAAUCACAUUUCAAUUUAUUUAUGAAAAUAAUAAUAUGUACAUUUUCAAUUCUUUACGUGGUGUGCCUAAUUUAAAAUGUUAUCAAGUUGUAUAUUCUUUUAUAUUAUAUAAAACAGAGCCCUUUUUUACUUAUAUAAUAAAUUAUAAAUAUAAUAUAGUAUACAGUAGUCAUUAUUGGUAUCCAUCAAUAAUAGUAAUGUACAACUCAAAUAGAUU